UUCCCUUCGCCUCAUUGAUAAUUCCGCUGGAUUCCACCCUCUCGUCCUUUCCCGAACCGGCCGUAGAAGUGUGAGACAAAUUGCGCACCGGCGCGCUUAAAAAAGAGCAAGGAAGCACAUGAUGUCCUCGCGCAGCAGGCAGCGCCCUGGCCAGCUCAAGGACGACGCCGAUGAAGAGCGCAGCAUAUGGAUGCAGCUCCGGGCAGAUGCCAAGAAGGUCGACGCGUUGGUGAAAGAGUCUAAUCACCUUGAGAAGCGCAUAUAUGAGCUGGGCAUAGCACAGCAGAACCUAGAAGCACGGGGAGAGAUGCCGCCUGCAGAUGUAGACAACGAGCUAGAAGACCUAUGUCGGAAAAAUAUCCGACUCCACGAAGAGAUCCUCGCGCUCACGGCAGGCGACACAUCCGACAGCAGCAUGUCGAUCACCCAAGGCAUCGAGCUGCUUACGGCGCUGCGCGCCGCGUCGGCACACUCGCCAGAGGCUUCGAACGGCUCCCGUCACGCCAGCGUAGGCAAGAUGCAACGAAACCCGAAGCGCAAGCUGGAGCUUGCAUCGAACGAUGACGCGGACUCGCUGGCAGCGGACUCGCCAAAGCCGGGGCUCAGUUCGGGGAUCAAGGACAGAUUGGGAGUGAGUAAAGCAAGCAGCCGGGCAGGCAGCGUAGGCACGGUACGUGAAACGAGUGUCAAAGUCGAAGACGCCGACAGCAUGGACGGGCUCAAAGUCUCCACGUCAACCGACAGGCACAGACUCAGCGUCGGCACCGAAGUCUUCUACCGCAACAAACAAAAGAACACAGAAGGGGAAGGCAUCCUCUGCAGCAUCACCUCCGUCAUCGGCGAGGGCAAGCAGCGACGCUACGAAAUAAUCGACAGCGACCCCGACCCGCCCACGCCGCCGCAGCCCUACCGCGCCAGCGUCAACAACCUCAUCCCGAUUCCGACGUCCAACGCCGGGCUCUCGGAGCUACCGCUGCGUAAGCACGUUCUGGCGUUGUACCCGUCAACGACGACGUUCUACAAGGCGGAGGUAGUGUCAUCGCGAGCGGGUAAGGGCGUCAAGAAAGAUGGCAAGGAAGUGGGCGGCGCGUUAGGGGAGCUGAGAGACGGGUUCGUGCGCCUGAGGUUUGAGGGCGAGGACGAGGCGGAUCGCGAGAUGGAUGUCGAGCGGCGGUAUGUGUUGCCGGAGUCGGGGCGGUAGGGGUUUGUGUGCGUGGUGGGGGGGUGGUUGUGGAGGUGGGGAGGAGGUGCAUGAUGGCUCUCUAUGUGGAGAGAGUGCGGUGUCGGCAUGGAGGUUGAGGCCGCGUGCGCGUUGCGGCGGCCAAGAGCCCUGGUGAGCGGAUGGGUGCGGAGAUUCGAGCGCUUGCUGCGCGCAAUAGAGAGAUUGUUUGUAACUAGGCACCUGCUAGCCUGGCUGCCUACUUUCGUUUGCAUGAGACCAUGAGUAUGGGUGGUCAUUCACGUGAUGCGGGGAAUCGGUUUAUGAGUGAUGGCUAAGGCGGACAGGCUAAUGUACUCCUAUUGAGAC